AUGAAUGGCACCUGUGCUCCCGUUGUUCAUCGAUUUCCUCGAGCGGGCACCAGUCCUUUACGUUCUCUAAUCGGCGGGUUGAUGUCGUCGCCUGAUGCGAUUACCUGCAUCUUCGCCGAGGUGUGUGGACAGAGCUGUGUUCGAGGUGUGCCAUCCUUGAACACAGCUCUGUCCGGCCUUCUCGAUCUUCUGCGAGAGCUCGCACGGAAUCAAACAGACGGCGCUCCGUACGUCAUGGUAGGGCGAAUUUCGGACGGGUAG